AUGAAAACCUACUCGCAGGAAGAAUUGAAUCUGGCCCAAACGUAUAGCCAAAUCUGUCCUGCCGGUGCCGCGAUGGCUUUGACUAGCAAGGCAACUGGCACCCUAGCACCUUCCAAAGAUCAGCUCCGUUACAACAAGUCUCCCACUUCUAACAAACCUGUAUCCAAUCCCAGAUUCGUUGCAUUGUAUCACGAGGUCACUGAGACAAGUUUGCUAACCAUUUCAAAGGCCAGCAUGAAUAGGAGGGCUCAACAGAUGAACAAUGAGGGUGUCUUUGAUGAGGACCUGGAACAAGCUGAAGAUAUACAGCUCACCUAUGAGGACUCCAGUUCCACUGUCCAGCAGCUGAGACUUAAGUCAGCUGCAGAGAAGGUUGGUAUUGCAGAGGCACUAUUGGCCAUGAAGCAAGAUAUGCAAGUGGGCAAAAAGGUGUUCCUUGCUUGUGCCUGGUGCACUGAAGAAGAGAGAAAACUGUUUCAGAAGUAUCCAGAAGUUCUUAUGGUUGAUGUAACGUUUCAAACAAACAAUCAGGGAAGGCCUCUGUUUACAAGUUGCUCACCAGGCAGGGACAUGUUCUUCUUCACACCAUUAAGGGCCUACUUACCUUCCCAAUGUAGGUGGGUCUUCAGUUGGCUGUUUGGAAGUGCCAUACCAUUGUUACUUGGCAUGUACUCUCUUGCAAGAACUCAGCUGGUGCUCAGUGACGGUGACCCAAACAUCUAUCUAUCGUUUGAAGAACACCAGCCCAAAGCUUACCCAAAUGCCAUUCAUGGAUUGUGCAUUUACCAUCUUGUGACCAAACCACUGGCUGAAGCUGGAAGUAAAUUGGUAGGGAAGGAUGAUCCCUUUGUAUUGAAUCAAAUCGAGACUUUCAAAAGAUGGGUCUUUACCUGGAUGUGUCUUGGAGGAAUUGAGACUGAUGAGGAAUUUGAAAUCUCACAUGGAUUGUUGGUCCAGUGGCUGAAGGCAUUUCGCAAUGAUGAUGCGACCGAAAGAGCCUCUGAGGACCUCAAGCACAACUCUUACAUUUGGAGCUCGAGCUGA